AUGUGUAGAAAGUCUUUCAUUUUGCUUUGUGUCUUUUCAGUUGAUGUUUAUCUCUGUUUAUAUUGUGUUUCGUUUCAUGCUAUUUGUUCUCUCUUCAAAUAUUUCAAAUUCUUUUUUUUCCCCUCUCCCCAAGCUGUCUCUUCCCUUCCCUCUCCGUUGCCGAUUCCAAAUGCCAACCGCCUCUACGCCCUUCGCCAUCGUAAUCGACUCCCCACUCCGUCUCUUGAAUCCUCCGCCCCUCCCUCUCCUGACCACCCAGCCCUCACUUACCCAAACCCCAUCCUCCCUGAAACACAUCUUCCUCUGCCCCAAAAUAUCGACCCUCCCUGUGAACCCUCUCCUCCGCCCCCAACUCUCGACCCACCCACCCAUGAACCCUCCCCUCCACCCAAAAUCUCGGCUAUCCCUUCUCCUCCCCGUGAGCCCUCCCCUCCUCCCUGUCCUCCCUCUCCACCUCCCCGUGCCCCCUCUCUUCCACCCAACCCCACUGGCAUCGCCUCUCGUACCCGCACCCGCCACUCACUCCCUGCCAUUCCCUCUGCCCAGCCCAAGUCUCCUGGUCGGGUCAAGACGUUGGCUCGCAAACGGAAGCCCUCUCCCAUUGUCGUGCCCGAGUCCACUCCGGACUCUCCGCAUCCAUCGCGUCCUGCCAAGAAGCCCAAGUUCGUGCCCCCACCUGCACCAAAGGCCCUGUCUUCCUUUUGGUUCUUCAAAGGCAAGGCUUCUGCCUCCUCAUCAUCUAAAGGUACAAUCUUUCUGAAUUACACCUAUAAAAAAUGGUUCAUUGAGACUAUUUCUUUGCGAAAAUUGCUGCCUGAACGAUUGUUGGAUUCCACGGAGUUUACCUCUUUGGGCUUGUAUGACAUUAUUGAGUUUCAUGGGUGGAAAGAGUUUGUGUCUACUCUGCGUGUACCGUGUCCAUCUUUGGUUCAUGAAUUUUAUUCUAACCUUUCUGCUGAUGUUAUUGAUCCGAUUCAUGAAAAUUUUGGGAAAGUGUUUUUGCGUGGCAAUUGGAUUCCGUUUACUCCAUCGGUUAUUGCAGAAUGUUUACACCUGCCCUUGCUUGAUGCACCUACAUUCUCUGCUGAGUUUAAUCCGGACAUGGAUGUGGUUGCUUGCACUCUCACUGGCAACCCUUCUUCGACUUGGCCCACUUCGAAUGCGGUUCUUAUUGCUGAACUGACCCCUCUCUACCGCAUUUUGCAUGUGGUUGCCAUAUUCAAUUGGCAGCCUACUGCUCACAAGUCCACAGUUGGGGCUGAUCUGGCUCGCUUUCUCUUUGCUGUGGGUACUUGCCAGUCUAUCAGUUUACCUCGUUGUCUGUUUCAGGUUAUAUUGGAGGUUGCCAUGUGGCCUGGGGUCUCUAGGAUGUUGCCCCUGCCUUGUUUGAUUCAACGCAUGGAUCACUGUUUCUCUGCUGUCCCCUCCAAAAGCCUGGACACCCGACUCUCUCUCAAGGCCAUCAACUUGGCCUCCACUAGGUCCAAGGCUAAGAAGAAAGGUCUCUCAGUCAAGGACCCUAUGGCUGCCUCUUCUUUGGGUGUCAAACCAUCCUCAUGA